AUGCUGCACAGCAAUGAGAUAAAUACAAUCCCUGAUAAGGUGUUCAGUGAUUUAUAUUCAUUACAGGUCUUAAAAAUGAGUUAUAACAAGGUCAGAGUACUUCAGCAAGAUGUUUUUUAUGGUCUAAAGAGCUUGGUACGGUUGCAUAUGGACCACAAUAAAAUUGAAUUUGUACAUCCCAACGUUUUCUAUGGACUCACAUCACUGAGGUUGGUCCACUUGGAAGGAAAUUUACUUAAGCAGCUGCAUCCAGAUACUUUUGUCACCUUGCGCUAUAGCCAGGUAUUUAAAAUAUCCUUCAUGAAGCACAUAUAUUUGUCUGACAAUGUGUUGACUUCACUACCACAAGAAAUGUUUUCCUACAUGUCUGAGCUAGAGAGCAUUUACCUUCAUGGAAACCCAUGGUCCUGUGAUUGCAAUCUACAGUGGUUUGCAGAAUGGGCAAAAGAGAGACCAGAUGUUACAAAGUGCAAAAAAGACAGAAGUUCUGGUGCUCAGCAAUGCCCAGUUUGUGCUAGUCCCAAAAAUCAUAAAGGGAAAAGCUUAGUGGAUAUUCCUUCUGCAUCUUUAACCUGCACUAAGCCAGCCAUACAUGACUCCCUGAAAGUUAAAAACCUCACAGUACCAGAUGAUGGGGAUUUCAGUUCCGUAUCUCCCAAGGACUUCAUAGCUCCUAUAGGAUCCAUGGUAUUGAACAUGACUGACCAAGCAGGAAGUCGAGGUAACUUGGUUUGCAACAUCCAAAAACCUAAAGAAAUGUCUCCCAUCUCAUUUGACAAAGAUGGCAACAGUACAGUACUCAAAACGUCAUUCUCAGCAUUUCUUGUGUGUGGCAUUGAUUAUGAACAUAUUCAGCAGCUAUGGAGCAUACUGGCACUGUACAGUAAUUCUCCCUUAAAACUGGAGAGGAAUGUCCUAGCAACUAACAUGCCUUUUUACAAAUAUAAACAAAUCUACUCUGAAAAAGAUGAACUUUUUACCAAUAUAGAGACUGAACUGAGAGCUGAACCGUCUUGGUUAAUGCAAAGCAAAGUGGCAUUACAGCUAGACAGGACAGCAACCACGCUUAACACAUUGCACAUCCAAUACUUUACAGAUGCUCAGAUUAUUUUACCCAGUGCUGACAAAAAACAGGAGAGAAAUAACUGGACCAUCAUCUCCAGGAACAACAAAACACAAACGGAGCACACUGUUUUAGUCGGGGGGACCGUAGAACUGGAGUGCCAAGCAACUGGCGAACCAGCUCCUGCAGUAGAGUGGAUAUUGGCUGAUGGAAGCAAAGUUAGAGCUCCUUAUAUCAGUGAGGAUGGAAGAAUCAUAGUAGUUAAAACUGGAACGUUCACGUUACGGACAGCUGAUACUUUUGAUACUGGGCUUUAUCACUGCAUAGGCACAAAUUACAACGAUGCAGAUACUCUCACAUUCAGAAUUACUGUCGUCGAUCCUUACGUGGAACACAACAGUGUAAAUGGAGCCCAACUUUCUACAUUUGUUGGCAGCACGCUCUACCUUCCCUGUACAUCCACUGCUGUUCCAGAUGCUGCCAUUAGCUGGGUGUUACCUGAGCAUGUGAUUCUUCAUCAUUCUGCAAGAAACAAACAUAUUUUUGACAAUGGUACUUUGAGAAUACAAGGGGUAACAGAGCGAGACAGUGGCUACUUCAGAUGUGUUGCAGCCAACCAGUAUGGCAUUGAUCUUUUGGUUUUCCAAGUGCUAGUCAGAAAGGACGAAACCACUCUAAAGAAAAAGCAUGUAGCUGUGGGAGAAUGGGAAGAGGGCGACGGCUCUGGCAAUGCAAUGCUGGCCUCUGCUACAAGACAGAAACAUCCUGUAGCUACUCUAACUACCUUGACAGCUAAUCGGGGAUCUGGUGCCUCAGCAUCCAGGAAUCGGGUCGCACAGACUGCACAUAAAAGGAACAGCUACGGGAAAAUGACUUCCAGGCACUACAGGGACAAAAUAAGCAGGCGGUUUAGAGGACACAGAAGACAGUUUGUUUCCUCAGCCAGGAGAGUCGAUCCGCAGCGCUGGGCAGCCUUUUUGGAAAAAACAAAGAGGAACUCGACAUUGAUAGAAAAACGAGGAGAAGUUGCAACAAAACCACCUAUUCAGAUCCGCAAGUUCUCAAAAGUACCUGGGGAUGAGGAGGAAACAUCGGGUGACCUCAUAUCUCCAGAAGAAGAAUUCAUGAUACCAGUAACAGAGACAGCCACCUGGACCACCAGUAACACCCCUGCUAGGAAAACCUCUCCUCUGGUUGCAGAGGCAGUAACUCCCCUACCCUCUCCUUUUUCACAGUCUGUGUCAUCUGACAGCAGAAAGCCACAAACAUAUCUAAAACCUACAAUUACAAACUCAUGGGAAAGAUCUGAUUUAAGUCAAAUAUCAGCAAAUGGUAUAAAACAAUCAACUGUAUCAAAUGGAGCAAGUAGAACAUCUACACUCUUCCCUGCUGGGCAAAGGUUGGUAUAUUCUGGGGAAAGUAAUAACCAGCAUUUAAAAUCUGUAUCUAUGACAGACGUUACAGACACCAGCAAGUCUGUAACUUCCCAAAACGCAGUGGACAAGCUACAUGUUUUUGCUGAGUCUGUUGAUAAGAUUUCCACCAAAACAGAUCAUCAGAUAUCUGUAGUGACAGUCAGUGAACCAAGUCUUGAAUUUGGUCACGUUUAUUUUCAUAGUACUCAGAAACCAGUAACUCCUAAGCCGCCGUUGGACUCAAUUUUCAUUACUCAUCAGCAAAUUCAGAUUAUUCAGGAUGUUACAACUCGGACACCCCAGGCCCAGCAGCAAUAUGGAAGACGAAGGAAAAUUUCUGGUAGGAGACGAAUUGUUAGACCAGGGCAUAUUCCAAGUAUGAAAGAGCACAGAUACAAUUUUGGGAGGCCAGGAUCUGUCAGAGGAAGUACAGCUGCGGCUGCAGAUGUUCAACUGAAUAUGAAAUAUGUAUCAAAUUUACCAACCUUAAAUAAUUUAAGCAGCUCCAUCAAUCCAUUUAGCCCAGAAGCACCCCUGUCCUCCCCCUCUACCAUGAAUAUGCCAUUGGAGCACCCAGCGGGUACUCGUCAAAACACAGCAUUCCUCAGGGAAGAGGAGAACAAAGCUAGUGCAAGGCAAAAAGCCACUACAACAGUCAUGCCUUUAUUUACAAAAGGCACUCAAGAUACUCCUCAAUGGAAAUUAGAGACCAGUGCUCCACUUCAGACAGAUACUGAUAGAGGCCAACCUUUUAGUAUCAGACGACCAACAACGGCAAUCCAUACAGCUCAUAUUACGACAGAAAUUACACGUACCAUAAGCACUAAGAUAUCUUCUACCCUUGAAUCAGUCUCACCCAGCAUUAAGCCUAGAACCUCAGCAAAAAAUUCCCAAAGAGGAGAAAUUACUUGGGAACGUCUCUUUGGAAAUGGUGCACAAAAAGAGGUCCUUCUUCAGAAGCUACCGAAACAACAGACAGACAUGUUUCUAUCAACAGAGGUAUCGACCAUGCUUCCUAAAACGACGGCAGCAUUGUCUAUGUCCAAAAUGUCUCCUUUGCACUUUACGCCUGUGUCAACAGGUGGGAAUCACAGCAGUGGUUUCUUGUCUUUAAACAAACCCAUUCGUUAUGGCAACGGUAAGUCAGAAGAACAUCUUCCCACUGCAAAACUGCAGUCUUACUCUAAUCCUGCAACUAGUGCAACCAAAGAAAUGCAUGUAACAAGUUUGAAGCCAACAGUUAUACCUAUUAUUACUCCUCAAACUGACAACAAAAUCACCAAAAGUAAAACAUUCAGAGUGGGAAGAAAGAGAGGUCAGAGGAGGAAGAGGCCCCCUAAAAUACCUACUUCACAAAGCACGACUGCAGGCCAGAGCACUGCAGCAAUUCCAUCGGUGAAUACAGCCACAGCUGUCGUGACAACAGUUAAAUCAUUAACUAUGCCUACAAGUCUUACAUCUGCACAACCUCUCUGUGAGAGCGUAAGCGCAGUCUUAGCGACAGAAAUGCCAGCACUGUGGAUCCUUAACACACCAGACGCAUCUCGGCACGUGCCUGCAGCAGCCGCGCAGACAUCAGUGACCCCUGUCACACGGAGGAACAUCCAGUCAGCCACAUUACCACCCAAGAGUCGUAUUGCUCAGAGCCCCACCACACCAAUCCAAACCACACCACUGCUUUCAAAGCCUUUCAGUGCCACAAGCGCGCGACCUGCCACAGUCUGUGCAACAUCUGGGUCAGAACCUGCUCAGCAAAUCAAAGCCACCACAACGGCAGGUGAAAAAUCACACCCGAAAAUGGAAGAGAGAGUUAUUCAAGAAAACAACAUUGCACAGCCCACAUUCCCAGCAAGAACCAAGUCAAGUACCAGAGCUCCUGCUGCAUCCAGAGACAUCUCUCCUCCCAGCACUAAGCAUCCCACCCCACUGCCAGCCCUAAGAGCAGUUGUGCCACCUGCACGUACUGCAAGAACCACCUCGCCUCCGUGGGGUGAAAUCAAAUUCUGGCAGAAGUCCUCUGCUAAAGUCACAGAGAGAGGCAACCCAUUAACUGUCACACUGACCAUACUGAAGCCAUCGCAGGUCGUGACUCCGUAUGCUCCUCUGGGGGGAAGGGACAAGGACAGUUCUGUCAAAGGCUGGUCUGAAAAGAGACGAGAUCGAGAAACUACCACCAACAAUCCUAUAGCCAUGGACUCUUUAAGCAGAAAUCAUUUCGCAAAGCCCAGAAUAAUUGGAGGAAAAUUAGCUGCUUUUACUGUGCUAGCUAAUUCAGAUGCUUUUAUUCCUUGUGAAGCUACUGGUAACCCCCGUCCAACAAUACAGUGGACCAAGAUAUCGUCAGGGACCGACGCCCUGGAAAGCCGAGGCGACGGCAGAUGGAUGGUGUUUGCCAACGGCACGCUCUCCAUCGCCCGGGCAGGCCUGGAGGACCGUGGGCAGUACCUGUGCACCGCAGCCAACCUGCAUGGCGCAGCACGGCUCCUGGUCACCUUGUCGGUAGUGGCCUACCCGCCCCGCAUCAUUGGUGGCAGGUGGCAGCUCCUCACCGCUCACUCCGGAAAGCCCGUGGCAGUGAAGUGCAGAGCUGAGGGCAGGCCUCCGCCCACCGUCUUGUGGGUUCUAGCAAAUAAAACGCACGUCUCCAACUCUUCCGCAGGAAAUAACAAAGUUCACGUGGAACCAGACGGCACUUUAAUUAUCAAGGAAGUCACUGUUUAUGACAGGGGCCUCUACACAUGCAUGGCUAAAAACCCAGCGGGCACUGACACGCUGGUUGUAAAACUGCAGGUCAUUGCGGCACCUCCCGCUAUUCUGGAAGAGAAGAGACAACGUGUUGAAGGAAUGAUGGGGGAAAAUCUGAAACUCCCUUGCACCGUGAAAGGGAAUCCUCAGCCCACUGUCCACUGGGUCCUCUUUGAUGGCACAGUGGUGAAGCCUCUGCAGUUUGUAAAUGCAAAGCUGUUCCUGUUCUCCAACGGUACCCUCCACCUCAGCAACAUCGUCCCUUCUGACAGCGGGAAUUACGAGUGCAUAGCCACAAGCUCGACUGGCUCGGAAAGGAGGGUGGUGAGCCUCGUGGUGGAACACAGAGACACGCUUCCAAAAAUAGCUACCGCCUCUCAAGAAAUGACUCAGUUGAAUUUUGGGGAUAAGUUGCUUCUGAACUGCACAGCGACUGGGGAGCCAAAGCCCAGGAUCAUCUGGAGGUUACCUUCUAAGGCAGUUGUUGACCAGUGGCACAGAAUGGGAAGUCGAAUCCAUGUCUACCCCAACGGAUCUUUGGUUAUUCAGGCAGUUACUGAAAAGGAUGCAGGUGACUAUUUGUGUGUCGCAAGAAACAAAAUUGGAGAUGAUCUGAUACUGAUGAAAGUCAGCAUCACAAUGAAACCAGCCAAGAUUGACCAGAAACAGUAUUUCAAGAAACUGGUGCCAUACGGGAAAGAUUUCAAAGUGGACUGCAAGGCCUCUGGGUCACCCGCACCAGAAAUAUCCUGGAGUUUGCCAGAUGGGACGGUGAUCAAUAAUGCAAUGCUGGCAGACGACAGUGGACGCAGGUCUCGCAGAUACGUCCUCUUUGACAAUGGAACUCUGUAUCUCAACAAAGUUGGAGUAACAGAAGGAGGAGAUUAUACCUGCUACGCUCAAAACACACUGGGAAGAGAUGAAAUGAAGAUACGCAUCACGGUCGUCAUGGCAGCCCCUCAGAUAAAGCACAAUUACAAGACAUACAUUAAAGUGAAAGCUGGAGAUACGGCAUUACUGGACUGUGAAGCCGCUGGAGAACCCAAGCCGAAAAUAUUCUGGUUGCUACCUUCCAGCGACAUGAUCUCCUCGUCAACAGCCAGACACUUCCUGCACGUCAAUGGGUCUCUAUCAGUAGGUCAAGUCAAACUGUUGGAUGCCGGGGAGUAUAUGUGUGUUGCUCGUAAUCCUGGAGGGGAUGAUACAAAAUUGUAUAAACUGGAUGUUGUUGCUAAACCACCUAUGAUAAACGGUUUAUAUGUGAACAAAACAAUCAUGAAAGUGACGGCAGUGAGGCAUUCAAAGAAACAAAUCGACUGUAGGGCAGAAGGGACACCUCCACCUCAGAUUAUGUGGAUCAUGCCUGAUAAUAUUUUCCUAACAGCUCCGUAUUAUGGGAGCAGGAUUGUAGUACACAAAAAUGGGACACUCGAGAUUCGGAACAUAAGGCCUUCUGACACAGCAGAUUUUAUCUGUGUGGCACGUAAUGAUGGGGGAGAGAGUAUGCUGGUGGUGCAGCUGGAGGUAUUAGAAAUGCUAAGGCGACCGAUGUUUAAAAAUCCAUUCAAUGAAAAAAUAAUAGCAAGACCUGGAAAAACUACCGCAUUGAAUUGUUCUGUGGACGGAAACCCUCCACCUGACAUAAGCUGGAUGUUGCCUAAUGGCACGUGGUUUUCCAACGGCAUCAAGACUUCCCAGUUUCUCACAGGUAGCAACGGCACCCUCACCAUCUACAAUCCUGGCAGAGACAAAGCAGGGAAGUAUCGCUGUGCUGCCAGGAAUAAAGUUGGCUAUAUUGAAAAGCUGAUCGUCUUGGAGGUUGGCCAGAAGCCCAAUAUUCUCACUCACCCAGCGGGGCCAGUGAAGGGCAUUAGCGGGGAGUCACUGUCGCUUCACUGCCUCUCUGAUGGGAGUCCCAAACCAAAUACAGCGUGGACUCUGCCAGGUGGCUACGUGCUGGAUCGACCGCAGAUUAACGGGAAAUACAUACUGCUGGAAAACGGUACUUUGGUUAUACGAGAAGCCGCCAUUCACGACCGAGGAAAUUACGUGUGUAAGGCCCACAACAAUGCCGGAGAUUCCUCUAUAACUGUUCCUGUCGUUAUUGUAGCCUAUCCCCCGAGGAUUACGAACAGACCACCGCAGACCAUACACACGAUGCCUGGUGCAGCAGUUCAGCUCCACUGCAUAGCGCUGGGAAUACCAAAACCAGAAAUUACCUGGGAAUUACCUGACCACUCAAUACUCUCUACAGGUAACCAAGGCCGAGCGUUUGGGAGCGAACUGCUUCAUCCCCACGGGACAUUACUCAUCCAGAAUCCCCGACCCUCAGAUUCUGGCGCGUACAAGUGCACAGCGAAGAACCAUCUUGGCAGCGAUUUCACAGUAACAUACGUUCACGUCAUUUGA